AUGUCUCCUCCCCCGACCCAUGGCACCAGCACCCUAGGCUUGGUGGCCGAUCCCUAUGGACCGCCGGGCCCCAACACCCCCCAUGAGGCCAACGUGGUUGCCCCAGGGACAGGGUCGUGGCAGCUGGUGGACGGGGAGCUGGAGAGAGGCUUGCCCCAGGGCCUGGGCGGUGGAGGUGUAGCUGGCAGCCGUGGGCAGGUGAAGACAGCGCUCUGCCGGGCCAGUUCAUUUAGUAGCAGGUACAGGGGCGGCUCUGGCCCAGGCCUCCUGAGGCCUGAGCCGGAGCCUCGAGGGCCGGAGAACGGGCAAGAAGGCAGACGCAGCCGGGGCGCAGGCAGGGUGAGGAGCUGGAGCCUGGCGGCGCGCGGGCGGCUCGCCGGCCUCCGAGCCCGCGGCCGAGGCGGGCCUCUGCGGGCGGUGACGCGGCAGGGAUCGGUCCGCGCUCAGACCGGAGACGAGGCCGCGUCUCCAGUGGGUGUGGACGCGCUUGCCAGCCGCGGAGGCCGGGCGCCUGGAUGUGGACAGAGAGACGUGACACGGUCCGGCGUGACGGCGAGGAGAGACGGGACGCCGUCCGGCCUCCCUGAACAUUCUCGGCUGGCCCCGCGGGGGAGCUGGAACACCCAGCAUCUCUGUUCCUUUACUUUCCUGAAGGAGCCAAUACACUACUGCUGCUCUCUGGACCCCCAGAACCCUCAAGAUGACAAGGUUGAGCUAAAGGAACGGACGACCCACACCCCCGGAAGAGCAGCACGCGGCGCCACCCACCCCCGCCCGGCGACUCCAUCCUUGCGGCUACGCCCUGCCGCGGCCCAGAGACCACCACCAGCCUCCCUCCCUCCUUUUCAUCCUUUUCUCUGUCUUUUUCCUUCUCUCCUCUCCUCUGUCCUUUGCUCAGAAGACUCAGAGCGUCCAGAGCCCUGUCUCCCCGUCCCUCCUGAACUAAUUUGCACUAAGUCGUUUGCACUGGUUUGGGGUUCUGGAACAAGCCUGGGUCUCUCAGCGAGUGAGUGAGUGAGCUGCUGAGUGGCCGGGCCUCCUCGGCCUGCGCCCCCCCCCAGCGCCCACCUCUCAUCCAUCUCUGUCUGGGGGCGACUGGGGGGGGCCCGAGUGCGUGGGGCCCCGCCCUCCCCUCGCCUAGUCUGGACGCUCCUAACAUCGAGAGCAAACCUCGAAGCAUUCCAUUGCGUGUCUGUCUCGCUUGGUGUCCCUCCCUGCCAGGGCCUCCCCAGAAGCCCUGGACUCAUCAAUAAACACAGUUACAGG